AUGGGCCGCGGAGAAAAGAAAUGGGACGCAACCGCCGAGCGCGACCUCUGCAUCGCCGUCAUCAUGGCUAGCCAGGAGGGACGCGUGACGUACAACUGGCCCAAGACGCAUGCCAUCAUGGAUUCUAUCGGCCAUGCCUUCACCAAAGACGCCAUGUCCCAGCACUUUACCAAGAGGAUCCUCAAGGACUUCAAGACUCGCCACGGGGACAUCAUCGGCUCCGCGCCAUCAACUCCCAAAAAGGCCUCUGCAACCCCGGCCAAGCGCAAGGCGCCCGCGGCCAAGGCGGCCAAGAAGCUCGCCGAGGCGAAGCCGGACGACGACGACGAUGCCGACGGCGACAGUGACGACGUCAAGCUUGCUGCGACUCCAUCCAAGAGAGUCAAGAUCGAGAAGCAGCAGACUCCCACUAUCAAGAAGGAAAAGCAGGCCAAGCGUGGCCGAAGUCAAGUCGUCGACUUUGACGAAGACGACUUCCAGACCUGGCUGGACAACGACGAUUGA